GUUAAAAAUCCCGUCAAUAAAGAGUCGAAACGACUUUCCGAUUGUAAUAAUAAUAAUAAUCAAAAAAUGUCAUCAAAAUUAAACAAAACUAUUGACAAAAAUGACAACAAAGAUAUGAAACUAAAAAGUGAAGGAUUUCCGCGAUUAACUAGACGUCCGAUCAGUUCUCCGAAAGACAGUCCCAGAAGUGCCUCUAAAUUGGGAGCGGAAGGAACUCCAUGUCGUUUCUGUAACCGAUAUUUUGCAUUAACCGAACGCUUAGAGAAACACGAAUCGGUUUGUAAAGCAGUGGCCAAUGAAUCCCGCGAUAGGUUUGAUUCAACAAAACAAAGAUUUAAAGGAAAACCAACAGAAUAUUUGAAGUUUUAUGAAAAUGGUUUAACGAAUAAACGAGAAGAACAGCCAAAGUUGUGGAAUUGGAGACAAAAGCAUGAAUAUUGUAUGGCAGCCAUACGAGAGGCUAAAGGACAGACAGAUACCGGUCCGACCACUCGCCAGAUAACAGCGUCCACUCAACAACAGUGCCAUUACUGUAAGCGCCGAUUCAACGACGAUGCCAUCACUAGACAUCUUCCCAUUUGCGCCAAACUGUAUCACAAAAAAUGCCUUAACUAUUGA